ACAUUUUAAAUAGUUGAAGUCAAUAUAUUUGCAUAUUUUUAGAAAAUCCCCUCAUAAAAAUCGAUUUUGAUUGAUUGCUAUUAUUAUCGUUCGGAAAAUAUAUAUAAGCAAAAGGAAAGAGUGAAGUUAAUGUUGUUUAAUAAAUGCAACAUUUACGAGCAUCAUUUACAAACCAAAUGUCACGGUUUUUAAUUUUAUUUAUGGUAUGGAGCGUGAAUGUUGUAGCACAAAAGUAUCCUAAAUAUCUUGGCUCUGUGGGAGGUUCACCAAUGUAUGAGCCAUAUCAACCUAAUCAACAAAUAGCUCUGCCUUCAAAUGGUGUUACAGGAUCAAGAGGUCGAGGUCCAAGCGGAAUGCUCACUAGAAGUGGAAUGGCUACUGAAAUUUGGCCAACCAGUAGUGGAAAUCGCAACCAAGUGAUCAAUCCUUUACAACGAGGAAAUGUUAAUAACAAUGUUGAAAAUUUAUUUCAAAAUUCAGGUAUUAGUGCAGGUUAUCCUAAUGCGGGAUCAAAUUAUCCAUUGGAUGUAAUCAACACUGCAGGUGUAAGUGGUGGUAGUUUUAGUACAGGUGGAAUGCAUCGGCAAUCUGCACAGACUAAUGGAAAGUCGGCGGGCAUUGGGUCUGGUGUGGGCGGAAUUUCAGUUGAUCCAAAUAUUCCAUAUGAACAAGUCCCCUACAACAAUGGCGUAUUAUAUGAUAUAUAUCGUCAAUAUACUGGACCGGUUGAUCAUUACGUUAACGUAGCUCCUAAAAUUUAUGAUCCGUCCACCAUGUCUACUGCAAUAAAUGCACCCAAUUAUUUACCACCUAAUAUGGCAACGGAACCAGUCAGUGGACAACGCCCUGUAUCACCAUGGGAUCAAUUUGCUACCGAUAUUGGACUGGGACAAAGGGUAGAUCUAGCAUUUGGUAACGGUAAAACUCCGUUACAAGGCAAAAAUGCAAAUCCAAUUGGAAAUGAGAGAAUUAUAGAAAGAAUACACAUAGGCGAACAACCUAUGGUAAAUGCAGGUCAGGGCAUAAUAAAUGACAGAGGAUAUCCUGGUCCAAACGGUCAAAUGAUCGGCUUUAUACCUGACAAUGGUGGUCCAAGAAAUAUCGAACCAUUUAAUCAUGGAAAUAUUGAUGCUAUUGUGCAAUCACACUUUCCAGAAAAUGGGGUUCAAAAUGCAUUAUUGGUCAUUCCAAUUAAUCUUGAUCAGCUAUUAGAACAGAAUCCAGAAAGUGGUAAUCUAAUGGGAUGCCAAGGUCAAAAUUGUAGAAAUAGCCCAGGUUUAAGUUUACCUUUAUUAGCAGGAUCACCUAUUGGCCAAGGCAGUGACUCGUUUAUAGAACUCGUCGAUCAGUUAAGAGAUCCUAGAUCAACUAAUCCAGUUUUGGAUCCAGGAUUUGUUCCUGCAGUUGCAACUGAAUUAAUCACAGAUCCACUCUAUCCGCACAUAACGACUCAAAUUACGGAAAGUAUUGGAUAUAAAACAAAAAGUAAAUACAGCAAACCGACUUACAUUACAAGACCAUAUAGUAAACCAAAGCAAAAAUAUGUUCCGUAUCGUAAAACAUAUGAACGUCCAAUAGCAUACAACAAACCAAUGUAUAGAAGCAAACACAAUAUGUACAAAAAUCCUCAAGCAAAAUAUGGAAAGCAUAAAAUGUUUCAUAAGAGCUACAAUAAACCAACAAAGUAUACCAAUACAGUAAAUUAUGGAAAAUCGAAUUAUCAAAAACUGAAGACACGCAGUGAACCGAGGAAAUACCGCGCAAAAUCAUCUUUUAGUAAAAGAAGGUCAUACAAAAAGAUUAAUAAGAAGGGAGGAUAUUAGAAUGACCAUCCAAGAUCGACACUUUUUGGUGAAGAUUUAAAUUGACUUUGUUAUAUUUGAUUGAAAUCUGACGUUCAAUUUCAAAUGGCAGCAAAUGAAAAUCCUCAAGAUUGAUAUUCUGUUGGAAAUGUGUUCACGUCUAGGUAAAACACUCUUGUUGUCUCUCAGUUAUAUUUUGAGUUUUAAGAAUCCUAUAUGAAAAUAUGUUAUGAUUAUGGUUUCAUUCUUUCUUAUAUUGUAUAAAAUUACUU